AUGUGUAUUUCGGGUGUUGUGACACACAAACAAAUGCGGAAGUUCCUGGAGGAAAUAGACAGCGUGAGCAAGCAGAUAGAAGUCUGCCAGGAAGACUCGCGCCGGAUGGGGGAAGCCACCAGGCGGGUGAGCGGAGCCUCGGACGAAAAGGAGGCGGAGGCACUGCGGACUGCCCUGGACGAGGAGAGAGACGACUUUAUAAAGAACAUGGCGGAGAUAAAGGAGAAAAUAAAAGAGCUUAAAAAGGGCAUUCGAGGAAAGUCCGAGCACAAAAAGCACGUGAAACAGCAGCAGAUCCGGUCCCUCGUGGAGAGAACAAAAAAAACAAUAGAGGCCUUCAGCAGCGUGCAGAGCGAGUUUAGCUCCGAGGAAAGAGAGCGCAUAAAGUCGCAGUAUAUUAUUGCCCGGCCAACUGCCACGAAGGAAGAGCUGGAGGCGGUGGAGUACAGCGAGUCCCCGCAAAUUCCCUUUCUAAAGCACACGGUCUCUGACAGCCGGAAAAAAAGCGUAAAGAACAUAUCCCGGGGAAUAAAGAAGGUCAUGAAAAUGACGCAGGAGCUGAAUUUGCUUGUGCACGAGAAGGACCAGGACGUGGACAAAAUUUCCAUAUCGACGGAGAAGGCGGAGGUAAAGGCCAAAAAGGCAGACCAGGACCUAAAGUCUGCGGAGAAGUACCAGAAAAUAGCCAGACUCGGAAGAAUCACUGCGUACACGGCAAUAGGCCUGCUCAUAGGAGUGUGCCUCCUAAUACUUUUUGGAGGGUUUGUGAUCUUCAUUAUAGUGGCCAUAAUGAACUACCGGAUCUCAAAAGGUGCUGCAGGCUCGGACGGAGCGUCUUCUGGCACCUCCGGGGGAACUGCCCCGGAAGCAGGCGCCUCUGGAGAUGCUCCGUCCUCAAAUCCCUCCCUUUCUGACGCCAUAACGGCAAUAACGGGCUCGUAG